AUGUAAGUCCAAAUGCUUAAUGACUACAACAACUAACAAGGUUUUUACCUUUUCGAUCCGGACUACAUGGGAUUAAUAUCUAGAAAAUGUAUUUUAGGUAAGCCCCUUAGCACCAACUAACCAAUAUGGUUGUUAGCGGUUAACAAUAAGUAAAAACUCAUACCAAUAACCAAACUGAUAAGUCUAAUUGGUUAACCGUCUUUUAUCAGUUUAAUUAGCGGUUAGUCUUAUUGAUUAACCAAUAACUACUAAAAUACAUUCUAACAACUAGGUUAUACCUAAUCGAACCAUUAACUUCAAUUUUAUUUCAAGAAGUAUAAUAGAGCAAAACAAUAACCAGUUAUAAUACACAAAUAAUUAUCCAAUUAAAUUAAACAAGUGUCAUUUAACAUCAUUUUCAAUCCACAAACAUAAGAAUGACCAAAAGUACUAAAUAUGAAUGUUCAAGAAUGCACGCCUAGGAGCACGCCUUAGCUUGAUUAGUUGUGGGGCGUUUGGUUGCUUCUACGGUAGCCCAAGUGAAAUCCGGGGUACCGCAUACCUUGAGUAUGAAAACGCUAUCUAGACCUCAAAUUAGCAGGAUUUUUUGGCCUGAUACUAUACCCUAACCCUUAUCGAGUGAACCCUUAAGUCCUAAUUAUCUAAAUCAUAAACUAUAAAGCCUAAGAUGGUGCAUUCGUUUUUUGCAUAUAUUUUGACAAAUCAUAAGGGUCGAUUAUUGUUUCUCAUUAAAUUUUUCUCGGGAUAUAAUAUUUAGAGAAUUAAGACAUAGAUUUUGAUAUUUAAGGGAUAGAGUAUAGUAUCAUGUCGGGAAGAUCAGACAACUAAAGGUCUGAAUAGCAUUUUCAUACUUAAGGUAUGCAGUACAACAGAUUUCACCCUGGGUACCAUAGAACUCACUUAUCUAUAUAUGGCAAAGGCUAUACAAAUGCAUUCACACUUAUUAUUUGUACUUUGAUAAUUCUGACGAAUCAGAAACGUUGAUUUGCAUUUGAAGAUUAAAUGAAUCUUAUGGUUUGAGUUAGAGAAUUGGGGACUAGGGUCACCCAUUAGAGUUUAGGAUAUAGUAUCAAGCCCCAAACUCCAGUUAGUUCAAGAUCUAAAUCAUUGUUGGGGGAUUGUAGUGGACGCAUAAUUAUUAAUCGGGUGUAAUUAGUAAUUGUAAUUAUCAAUAAAAAUUAAUUAAUUAUAAAUAAUAAUAGCAAUUAGAUUAGAUCAAUGGUAGAGAAGCAUGGAGCGUGCUAUGCGUCUGGAGCAUAAAAGUCGUAUCCAUAUACAUAUAUAUAGUAUCUACUUCUACUUCCAGUCGGUGAUAAAUAAUUUUUCUUCAAUUCAUAUCAACAUAUGUUGUAUAGCUUCUCUAUACAUUUUAUGUUUAGUUAAGUUUAGGAUACUGAGGGAAUUUUUGGGUAUGUUGGUGUAAGGUUUUGUGGGGAAUGAAGUUGGUAGGACAUGUGGACUUGCAUUUAGUGGUUUUGGGUUUGUUUGGUAGUUUAGAAAAAUAUAAGCUGGUGGAUUAGAGAUUAUGUAUAUCCUUCUAAGAACAAAUUUUGUGGAUUCAAGAGGUAUGAUAACUUCCUCUUCUUCUAUUUCCUCAUCCUCCAAGUGAUCAUUUUCAAGCCUUAUAGGUUGUUGAGGUGAUAUGGAUGUGUAUGGUGGAGGUUCUUAGUGAAGGUUAUCACCACUAGGAUGAGAAGGUGGAUGUAUGUUGGCGUUUGGAUUUACUAGAAGUAGAUGCUCAGGUUUUGAGAAAGGGCCAAAUGAGAUAGGCUGAGAUAUGGAACGUGUGUUUUGGCUUGGCUAUAAAGGUUGAUCUUUCCUAUAUGGAAAAAUCUGAUCAUAAUAUUUAACUUCUUUAUAUACAAAUACAAUAUGAUUAAUAUAUCUAACAAUCUUUACCCCUUCAUAUUAGAUGAGUAACCCUAGAAUACACAAUGUCUGGCUUUAGUAUCAAAAUUCUUACUUCCAUACACAAGUGUUUGGCAUAACCCAAGCAUAAAAACACUCUUAACACACUAUAGUCUGGUUGUUUUCCAUAAACCUUCUCAUAUGGUAUCAGAUUGACCAACAAGGAGUGGUAAUUUGUUGAUCAAUAACACAACAUGCAAAACACAAUAUCCUCGAAAUGACAAUGGUAAUCCAUAUUGAAAGCUUAAAUCUCUAGCCACGUUGAGUUUAUGUUGGUGUUUUCUUUCCACGCUUCCAUUCUGCUGACUCGGUAUCUCAACACAUGAGGUUUGAUGCAACAUUCAUGUCAAUUAUAGAAGUCGCUUAUAUGUUGAAACACAUGGGUCAAGUUUCCUUUGAUGUUGUAACACAUAGUUGAACGCAGUUCCAACACUAGGCAUGAGCUUCAUCAUCGUGAUAUUGGUUUGAACACCAUUACAAUUCUAAUUCAAUAUGAUAACGAGCCUCAUGAAAUUGUCAUCAUACAAGAACCCUCUGAGGUUAUUUAGUGCUACAGUAGAAGGACAAUUAGUAGUUGUCCAUGUGUUGCAAAAUAUUUCCAUGUAUUGAAUAAUACUCUAGCCUAGACUUUUUCAGCUUAGUAAAGUACUAAUUAACACUCAAGUUUUUUUAGUUUGCAAGAAUACAUAACAAUAUGCAUAUAUGAAAAUCUAACAACAUUUGUUUUUCCAUAACUCUUUUUAAUUUUUUUUUAUGAUUCCUCGAGAGUUCUUAAUACAAGGUACACUAUCAUACAUUCCUUCGUCUAGCGAAUUUAAGAGCCAUCCAAGUACCUGAGUGUUGUUGGAAUUCAUUCUUUGAAGGCAAUGUCAUCUGCACGUGGUUGGGGCUUAGGCCCAUCUAUGUACCUAAGACGCUUCCUAGUCUUCAACAUGAUGUGAAGAGAUUUGCUCUAGAGAUUGUAAUCCUUACCAUUAAACUUCACUAAACCGCAUAUUGAGGAACGAGGUGGUCAAUUGAUUUAGUAGAGGAGAUACUAGUAAAAACUGUAGUAUAUCCAACGUUGUCACUCAUGGUGGAAACCUUAGCAUAGCUUGGCGAGCUCUUCUACAAUAAGCAUAGGGUUAUGCAAAACUGAUUAUUUCAAUAAGCUUUAAAAUAUGUUCAAGGUGAGAUUAUAAUGGUUGCACCUGAAUCCCUACUUACUGUUAAUCACAUUUAAUCGUAACGAUAACAAAAUUAACCGUCUAGCUACAGUGUAAGUCCUAUAACAUCUUUACAUGCGUUUGAUGAGAACAAUUAUAGUAGGUUUGUGUAGUACGUAGGACAAAGUCAUGUAGGUGAAACGAUGUCAUAACGAGCCUCGUCAAGCAACAUCCUUUAAUGGUAUUCAGGUUGGACCUUAAAACCUUCACUUACAUUGAAUCGAACCGAAGACAACUUCCCCUAUCUCAUUCAAUCUUCAUAUCGAAAUCUCCUCCACCGUGUACAUCACAUCCUUGAUCCUCGACUGGGACUUCUCUGACCUACCAUAGCUCUAGUCAGGAUUCUUCACUUGCUCCUUACCGCGCCUAUCAUCCACCGUCUCCUUAAAAGCCUUCAUUUCCAUUGAGCAUAAACCAAAGCCCUAAUCCUAAAUGUAUUAGCUUUUAUGUGAUAUUUAAGUAUAACUUGCAUGUUCAUUGUGUUUUUUUUUUUUUUUUGCCUUCCAUACCUUUUAGUCAACAGUAUAAUUUAUAGCUGAAAAGUAAAACUGCAACCCCCAUUCAAAAUUUCCUGCCCAUAGAGUGAUUUUAGGAAGCUGAUGUGGCAGAGUGUUAAGCGGGAAAAAAGAGUCCCGCCUGAUUUCAGAACCAAAAAACUCUCCACUACCCACUUUUUUCUCCUUCCAGGCCCACGUUCUCAUUUAAUUUGUAUAAAAAACUCUCCACUACCCACUUUUUUCUCCUACCAGGCCCACGUUCUCAUUUAAUUUGUAUUUUUUAUUUCCGAUUUUCCUUCCUUCCACUCUUUCACCUCAUUCGAAUAAGUUUCUUGGCCUUCGGAAAACCAAACCUUGACUCAAUCAUCUGGUUCUUUUAUGUGCUUGCAUCUACCUUUGAUUUCCGUUCUCUAAGCGUUAGAUUGGUAUUGGUUUUGCCGUAAGUUAUUCUUCCUCUUUCAGAUUUCUGUUGGUUGUUGUCGCUGCUUUUAAGUUUUAGGGAUUCGGGUUCUGGGUUUUUUUUUUUCAGGGAUUCGGUUGCAAAGAUUCAUCUCCCUUACCUUUGGUUCAUUCCGUUUUCUUUAUUCUCUUACCUUCCUCGCUUCAUUCUGUUGAUUGGAUUCUCUAGAGAUCAAGAGGGGAUUUUUGAUUUUUCCCUUUCUCUUGAAAGUAACAAAGUUGCUUACUUUAAAUUCCACUUUGCUUAGACUGUCUUCCAGAGAGCAGCCGACUGCCGAUUCUGAGCUGAGUUUUUCCGGGCCGCAGAGAAAGAAGAGGAAAGAAAGAGACGUUCGGCGGCGGCAGCCAGGUACUUCGUCCGGGUCGUUUUCCGGGUCAGUAAACCGAAGGGCCGGCUAUAAACUACCGCUGGCCUGGCGGGGGAAAAGGAAAGCGUAAACCAUAAGGCCUCGGGGAUCCAUUUCUCUCGCCAGCCCAUACUUCAGAGGCCCAGCCUACUUGAGUCCAGAACCAGCCCAUCGCCGACGAAAUUUGGCGCGCCGUCCCCCACCCGCCACCACGUAUGAGACAUAUUCAACUGUGGCGGCGUUGAUCUGGAUAAUCGAUGGUUGUACCCUACAAUCGAUAUUUGUUACUACGAUUUGGAGCGCAUAUCAAUAUUGAAUAUUGUAACAAGACAAGGUAUGGCUGAAGUAAAUCGUAUUUAUCUAUAUGACGUUGUUGUUUCCUUUAUUAUAUUACCAAACUCAGAUUCUUAAUGACAGGCUAUAUGUAUAUUUAUAUGCUACACUCAUUAUUAACUUUAUGCAUGCAUAUGAAUUAUGAUUUAAUUUCCAAAGAUGAAUAAAAAUCAAACCAAUAUUUGUGUGAUUUCUCUUUUUUUUUUUAGUUAUUUUAUAAACCCAGUGUUAUCUUAUUGGUGUGACUUCUUGCCGCAACUCUGUAAUUUUUGUAAUAUUUUUUGGUGUGUUUUCCUUCUUUUUUUUUUUGCCCCUUGGAUAAGCUAUUGUGAUCCAUUUGUUGCCUUUUGUUCUCCGUACUUUGAUUUCUUAUUUAAUACAAGUCACAUUUAAGAAAAAAUGUAAUACAACUUUUUCCUACUUCCCUAUCUAACAUCUACAACUUGGUUUUAUUUGAUGUUUCUAUAGGGCUGUGAAAUAUUUGUUUAAGUACAUCAACAAACCCGAGGAUCGUGCAAUGGUCACUGUAGCUGCACAACAAACAGCUUCGGCUAUGGAUGGUCGGAAUCGUGGAACUACGGUUGUGCAAAUCGAUGAGAUAAAGGCAUUCAUGGAUGCCCGUUACAUCACAUCGGGAGAAGCAUGUUGGAGAAUUUUUAGGUUUGAUAUAUACACUCACUCUCCAACAGUACUGCGUAUGUCCUGUCAUUUGCCUGGUGAGAAUACAGUGUAUUCAAAUGUUGAUUCUAACGUGGAGGAAGCGGUUGAGUCUAGCAGUUCCCAAACCUUAAUGUUGUUAGCAUGGAUGGAUCUCAAUCUUCAGUCAAUGGAUGCACGGAAAUAUACCUUUGCGGAGAUGCCACAAUAUUAUGUAUGGAAUAAAAAAUACAAGAAGUGGCAGCAGCGCAAAAAAGGUACCUGCAUUGCUAGAUUAUAUUACUGCUACCCAUCCGCAAAGGAGCGAUACUAUUUGCGAAUGCUAUUGCAUGUUGUUAGGGGUUGUUUUUCUUAUGAUGAUAUUAGAACAGUGAAUGGGGUGGUAUAUGAAACAUUCCAAAAAGCAUGUUAUGCUCGGGGACUGUUAUCAGGAGAUUCCGAAUGGAAUGAUUGUGUCCAAGAAGCUUCGCACUGGGCUUCUGGUUAUAAACUUAGAAAACUUUUUGUCACAAUUCUUAUUCAUUGUCAGGUGGCUGAUGUGACUUCUUUUUGGUUAAAGAAUUGGGAAUUACUAAGUGAAGGCAUUUUGCAUUCACGACGUAGAGAGCUGAAUUUACCCCAGUUGAAUUUGUCGGAGGAUGAAAUUAAGGAGAUGUGCCUUAUUCAUAUUGACAAAUUGAUGGAGAUAUUUUCGAAGUCAUUAGCAGAUUUCCUUGGGUUGCCUGUUCCCGAUCAGUGUUUGCGUUCACAUACGGUAAAUAGGCUGAUAGAUAUGGAGAUGAAUUAUGGACCCGAUGACUUAGACUGUUCUGAGGAUCGACAUAGUAGACCGUUGAAUGGAGAACAACAAAUCGCUUACGAUAUGGUAUUACAUUCUGUUUAUACCAAUGAGGGUAAAUGCUUUUUUGUGGAUGGAUUUGAGGGUACUGGUAAGACAUUUCUGUGGCGAGCAAUUUGUGAGCAAUUAAGAUUUGAGAAGAGGAUAGUAUUAUGUGUUGCUUCAUCUGGUAUUGCUGCACUGCUCAUGGUCGGUGUAAGAACUGCACACUCAAGAUUUCACAUUCCCCUGGAUUGUGAUACAAAAUCAACUUGCAAUAUUGAGCAAGGUUCUGAGGUAGCUGAAUUGAUUCUCAAUGCUUCACUUAUUAUCUGGGAUGAGGCACCGAUGGCUCAUAAACACAACAUAGAGGCCCUAGAUAGGACAUUGAGGGAUAUUUUCCGAGUUAAGCAUGUUGAUUCUGAGUUGAAGCCUUUUGGAGGUAUGACUAUUGUGUUUGGAGGUGAUUUCCGACAGACGUUACCUAUCAUCACGAAGGGUACACGGACUGAAAUUUAUUUGUGGCGGUCUAUGACAGUAUUGAAGCUAACCGAGAACAUGCGAUUAAAAUUGCCUCAUUCUGAAGCAUCGGCCAGGUUAGCAAUCUCAAAUUUUAGCAAAUGGCUUUUGGAAAUUGGUGAUGGUACAAAUAGUAAUAUUUUUGGAGAAUCCAUUAUCCCGAUACCUCUACACAUUUGUGUUCCCCGUCGCAGUGAUCCAAUUCCUGAUAUUGUUGCUGAAAUAUAUGGUCAGUUACUCUCCACUGAAAAUAUGUCAACCUAUUUGGUUGAGCGAGCUAUCUUAGCCCCUCAUAAUGACACUGUUGCGGUCAUUAACAAUUAUGUAUUGGGUCUAUUUCCUGGUGAAGAAGUUUCUUAUUUUAGUUCGGAUUCGCUAGAGAUUGAUGCCAAGAAUCAGCAUGUUGAAGAAGGGGACUACACAGUUGAAUUCUUGAACUCUUUAAAGAUUGGGAAUUUUCCGGAACAUGAGUUGAAAUUGAAGUUGGGGUGCCCUGUUAUUCUGCUUCGAAAUCUGGAUCAGAGUACUGGGCUUUGCAAUGGAACUCAGAUGAUCGUUAAGAGAUUAGGUAAGUGGUUUAUUGAGGUCCAAAUUUUGACCGGGACACAUGUUGGUGAUACAGUUUUCUUACCAUGCCUAAGUCUAUCGGUCCACUACAAGAGCUUAAAUUUCACUCUGGUUCGAAGGCAAUAUCCAAUUGCACUGUCAUAUGCAAUGACAAUUAACAAGAGUCAAGGUCAAACAUUAAAUCUCGUUGGCAUCUGCUUGCAAAGACAAGUAUUUUCUCAUGGACAGUUGUAUGUUGCUAUGUCUCGAGUUACGUCGGAAAGGGGACUCAAGAUUCUUAGCUGUGACUCUCAAGGUAAACCGGUGAAGACUAUGCAGAACAUUGUGUUCACUGAGAUUUUUGAGUAGUGGUUUAUUGAUGUAUUAUGUUUUAUUCGAUUUGAGGACUAAGACUGUCAAAUUUAUCGGGUCGUUACAAUUUGAAUCUUGAGUUCUCAAUUUGUCCAAAUUAUUUUCCUGUUUUUAACAGCCAAUUAUAUGAAAUGUGAUUUAUGCACACUACUUUAUAUUUAAUUGUACCUCAAUUUACUCUACCGAAGGGUAUGCGAGUGUGACCGUUAUAUUGCAAUACGAAGAAGAACUUCCAUAGUCGCAACUGAACUAAACUAAAUUAACACCACAACCCAGCCCACAAAACAACCCAAGCAUGGUUCGGUUAAAUAAAAUAUAGUUAGAGAGGGAAUGCCCAGCCGGAUUUGUUGGAACUAAAUGGCCAACCUAUUCCCAUAAAAAAAAAGGCCAACCUACACUACCUUGGGCGGAUCCUUCUCCACUCCCCCACUCCCCCACCUCCUCUACUGCCCAGUAUCCGAUUUUUUUGGAUCUUCUAUGAGGUGAAGGCUGCCGCAUUCCAAGCCAUUAUUUCUUUAUUAAAUACAUUCAUUAUGAUUUUCAUUUCAUGUUAAUUAGUGGUGGUGUGGGCCGGGCCGGCCGGGUUGGCGCAUCAAAUAAUAAUUAGCAACUUUGAGAGGCAAUUUUGGACAAGAAUUGUUGACACAGUCGCAAUUAGCAAUGUUGUUAAUACGGAACCAGACAUCGAUCCGGAUUAGUAAAGGGUUCAAGGUUUAUCAAAUAACCGGUGGUUAAUCGAUAUUAAAAACCGAUCAUAAACCGGUGUUGACUUACUUGGUAGACUUAACAAUUUUUUUUUUACAAUUAUUGUUUCACUUAUUAGAGAUAAAAGAAUAAAGUGAGACUUAUUAAAACUGAAAAAGCAUAAUUUGGGUGGCUGCUAGGUCUUUUUUGGGAAAAGUGAACUGAUUUUUCUUCUCUUUAUAUUUUAUUCUGUACUUACCUUCUUUUGUUUUUGAAUUUUUAAUUGCAACAAAAUAAAGGAAGGCGCAUGUUUGAUUUUAAGAAGGUGGGUCGUUCCCCUCAAAAAAAAAAAAAAGGUGGGUCGUGAGUUCCGUGACACACCCGCAUCUUGAACUCUAAAUGGCCAACCUUCUCCACUCCCCCACGAGGCCACAAAUCCUUCUCCACUCCCCCACUAUCCCACUUUCCACACACACACGUACUCCACUGCAUGCGGCCAAGUAAAUCACGUGUGUAGAAUCACUUUCUCUCCUUUAUAUAAUGGAGAUACCACUUUCUCUCAUGUUACAAUUUCCGUUUACUACUUCCCAUACAAAACACUUCGGUUCCACUGACCGUGCGAAUUGCAUUCAAUAUGGCGGGCCUGCCUCAAUUCAAUCAGUAAGUAUUGCUCAUGCAUCCAACAAAUACUACAUCAUGUAAUUUCGAUUCUUUUUCACUACUUAAUGCCAAAACUUACAGUCCAAUAUAUAGGCUUCCCCAUGGUUUUAUUGCUAAUCUGCAAUAUGAUGAUGCUCUUGAAAUUUGUGAGCGUGCCGACACCAUCGAUCUCAUUAUGUUGCAAGUGGAUGUCGAAAAUCAGGUAACUAAACAAAUAAAUUUCUUUUUAAUCGUACGCCUUUUGUGGCAUGCUGCAUUUUAUCGAUUUGCUUUGACAAUAUUCGUUUCUGUGUUUACAUCAGGGCACCUCUUUUUUGUUAUCCGGACGUGUAACGAAUUUGACGACGUCCUGGUCCCCUGCAUCCAGAAUCCAUUUCGUCCACCUCACAAUUGAGGACGAACUCAUUGGUGUUGACAUCGUCUUCCCGUCAUCACAGUUACGAACGAUUGUUGAAUCUGUAUUCAGUCAUGCAGAUGUUGUCAAUGCUGACUAUAUGGCCCUUCUGAACAUGCUUGGAGAACAGACAUUUGAAGUCAUGGUCACAGUCGGUCCCUGGAACGAUGCAUUUGGUUAUUGUGAACUUGUGUUGGUGAAAUUAUUUUUGCCUUUGUUGAAUUGAGUACCAUGUCAUGAACAAUGAGACAAUGUAUUGAGUUUUCUUAUUUUGGACUUGCAUGUUAUUUGUCGUAAUACUCAACUAGAUUAGAUUUGUGAUUAGUAAAAUUUCAUGUAAGUA